AUGGUGGCAAACGAAGGUGACGCUGGCGGCCAUCUCCAUCUAGGCGACAAGAUCCUCCGCCGAAUCGACUCAGCGCUCAGCAGCACAGUGAUCGAGGACAUCAAACACUCCCACGACGAAGCAAAAUUCAGCAAGGGUUCCCUCCUCUUCGAGCUCAAGUCACUCCUCCACGAUUUCAUCAAUACCGUCAAAAAUUCUGACAAAAUCGCCCGCGAAAAAGACAAAGCCGAGACCACAAAGCAAGCACCCAUCAUCUCCGACACCAAGAUCCGCGCCAUCGUCACCACCGCCGUCGAGGAACAAGUCUCCAAGCGCGUCGGAGACCUCCAAAUCGAAAACAUCCGCCUUUGCGAGUAG